AUGUCAGACUCUUUCUUUGGCUUCGACACUACAUUACCACCUUUAAAUUCUGACCAGUUGACUGGGGUAGAAUCAAGAGAAGACUUUGAGGUUUAUGAUUAUGAACAAAACUUUGAUUUAGGUGCCCAGUUAGAAGAAACAGGUGACGAUUUAAAUGCCGAAACGUUUGGAGAUGUUGGGGACGUCGACCAGGAUUUUGAUUUUACGGGAAGUACAGCAAAAAUUGUAGACACAAUAAAAAAAGAAGAGGAAAUUUAUAUUGGUCGACGAGAAAGCGCCACGUCAGAUAAAGGCGAUGAACAAUCCAAACGAAGACCAUCUUACGCGGCUUUAUGGGUAAAUGAUUCGGAGGUUGUGUUUAAUGGCAAAAAUAGUCAUCCAAACGAGGUAGUAGGUACUCCAUCAUUAUCCGAGUCUCCAAUAAGUCCUUCUAUAUGGGGGUCAUUUCAUGCGCCAUCAAGUCGCACAGAAGGUGGUAUUGUUCCUGGUCCCUUCGAAAAUUCCCAUCAUUAUACACCCCCUCAAACAUCACCACCACUACUAGGAUUCGGGCCUCCUGCACAUUCUUCUGCACGCGCGCCAAUGUCGCUUGAAGAAAUUGAAGCUCAAUUGCACAGACAAGCCGGAUUGCCCGAAAAGAGAAUGCUGAGCUUGGCUGAGGUCGAAGCCGCCUUGCUAGGCAUUAAUGGUCGGCCACCACCACAACAAUUAAUGUACCCUACCAACGAACCUGCUUUUAGGGGUCAAGACAAUACUGCUUUUUUAGAACAAGAAGCUGCUUACAGAGAACAAGAAGCUGCUUACAGAGAACAAGAAGCUUUGUCAUUUCAUAGGGAAAGAAAACGAAGAGAUAAACAAAGAAAAUUGGUUGAAAUGUCUCGAUAUAAUGGUCUUAUGACGCAAAGUGAUAAAGAUUUCAUCAAUCGCAUUCAAAUAUCACAACUUGUAACUGAUGAUCCUUAUGCAGAUGACUUUUAUUAUCAAGUAUAUACUGCUAUACGAUCUCGUCAACCACAGCAACAACAACCUUCAAUAUCCACUUUUUCACCACAACUUGGAGGGUCUGGUUUCAUGGGACAUGAACGAGGGCGUCAUCGAAGUAGAGGAUCUGAAAGUGGAUUAUUAAAGAUGCAACAACAAGUGUUAAGAAUUGUUAAUGAUGCAAGAAGGAAACCAAAACUAACACAACUAUCACUAGAGGGUGCUCUAGGUAAAAUUGCUCUUAAUUCUGUACGUAACCCUAGACAAUUAUUACAAGUUUCAUCCAAGAGCAAUGACAUUCAUCAUGCGGGUCCUAGCAAUGGUAGUGGUGGUAUUCAUAAUCAGCAUCAAAAAAUUCCGUCAAUUUCAUCACAUGGUGUUAUAGAUCAUCGAAAGAUUUUGAGGUCUAUUGAAAACGUAUAUACAACAGUAUUGGCACUAGAAGAAUUGAGACGAAAUCAACCACCGCUGCCGAGACCAUACGCUGAUCACGAGAGAGUGGCCGUUGAAAGAUGGAAUGAAGAUUAUGCUGAACUCGCAAAAACGAUGUGGGAAGAACUAAGAGUAACAGAAAUUAUUAACAGCAUACUUUCUGUAGCGAAAGGAAAAAAAGUGAUUCCACGAGUCAUACGUCAUUGUCUUUCUGAACAAAUAUUUAAUUUAAUCACAGUAUUAGUAUCCAAUUUUGAAACAUUAGAUGUAUGCAAAGGUGCAAUUUGGGGUCCUCAAGGAAAUGUUAAUCCAACAAUGUUAGAGGAAGUUGAACUGUUUAUGAACACUGUUGUUCCACCUUUGCUACAAUUUGUCGCAGAAUCCCCAUUAAGGAUAGUGAUUGGAUUAUUUGGAUUAUUUAUCGAAAGGAAUAAUAUCGUAUGGGUGGCGAGAAGUAAGGUUGGCUUGGCGUUUUUAACAAUGUUUUUGAGUCGUGCUGAAAUUUUAAAACAAGGAGGCGGUGCCAUGCAAGGAUUGCCACCACCAGAAGAACUAGAGAUGAUACAAUGGCAAGAAUUAUAUAAUCGAUUAUUCAGUCUUCUGCAAAACCAUUUUAUAUCACUAUACCCACCAUUUAUGAUUGGAAUCGAUGAUAUGUAUGUGUGGCAAUUUCUCGCUGCAAUGGCUGUUGGUGCAUCCACGGAACAACAACAUGUGUUGGUUACUGAAGUGAGGGAAAGAGUACUUGAAACUGUGAUACAAGCUUCAAGGCUACCAACAGACAAAGCAUCUCAUAAAAUUGCCAAUGUGAACUUAUUCUUGAAUGCAUUAGGGCUUGACGCGUCACAACUUAAAGUUUAA